GCCUCAGCAACCCCAGUAUGUUACUAAUGUUCAGAACUCAUGCUCUGUUGAAGAAGAUAUAUCUCCAGCUAAGUCUGAGAGACGUUUCGCUUCGAAUGAUAUACCUGAUCUUGUAAUAGACCAGCGUAUAGCUGAUAACGACGAAAAAUCUUGCUUUAGCGCUUCUGGCCAAUCACAUAAGAAGAGGGAAGCGGAGAAUAUUGUACAAGAU